CAUGGUGGAUUUUGGAAAAUUCUGUCAGUUUUGAAGAAAAAGCCUCGCCAUCGUCGACUUCUCCAGUAAGAUUGAAACGAUGGGGUCAACUACAAGAGAAAUAGUGACUCUUCAAAUUGGACACUACUCUAACCACAUCGGAACACAUUGGUGGAACACUCAGGAGUCAUCAUUUAUUUAUGAUCCCAAAGCAACUGACAAGAAAUUAAUCAAUCAUGAUGUGGUGUUUCGGGAGGGACAAACUCUUAUGGGGGAUGUCACGUUUACGCCUAGACUUAUUGCAAUUGAUCUUAAAGGUAGUCUGAAUACACUGAGAAAAGAGGGAACGUUAUAUGAAAUUAAUGUUGAGGAUGAUGUGAAAUGGCAAGGUGAUGUCACGCUUCACAAGACCGAAACUGGAAGGAAGAACAAGUUUUUAGAAGAUCUAGACAAGGAAGAGGCUCGUUAUGCUGAAGCGAAGGCAGCUGGAUGUGAUGAGAUUGAUGAGGAAAAAGAGAUUGAAACAGAUACCAGUAGCUCUCAGAUGGAUUCGAGUCCUGAUGAAGAAGUCUUUGGUCGGAAAUUGUAUGAUUUAGACGAGAGCGUAUCAGUAUGGUCAGAUUAUCUCAAAGUUCAUUUUCAUCCAAAAUCGCUAUGCAUUGUUGAGGAGUAUCAACAUGAGAGUGAUUUAAAUCCGUUUGAAGUGUUCACCCAUGGCUAUGAUCUGCUGCUUGAUAGGAAGGUGGAUAAUGAACUGGAGGACCAGAUACAUUUCUUCACUGAGGAAUGUGAUAGGCUUCAGGGUUUCAAUGUCAUGGUCGACACAAAUGAUGGCUUUAGUGGUUUAGGAUCAAAACUUAUCGAACGUUUAUCGGACGAUUUUGACAACAAAAGUAUUUUAACUUUUGGUGUGUCCCCAGCACACUUUGAAAAAAUGACACCACAAUUUGAUUCUUACCGUGUGUUGAACUCGCUGCUGUCCUACUCUAUGCUUGCUGAACACAGCUCAUUAUUCGUACCUUCGUCAUGUGCCAUGAAUCUCUGGAGGUCAGUCGGAUCACCUGUUAAGCUGCCAAAUGUUACUUACAAGAAAAAUCUCUCAUAUCACACAAGUGCUAUUCUCGGUGCUGCUAUAGACACAAUGAUGCUGCCGUUCAGACUGGAGGCUAACUCGCAUAGUUUGUGCGAUGUUGUUGACAACAUCGGAAAUGCUGGGAGAAAGGUGGCCUCCUUGAUGAGUUCGUUUCCCUACCCCCUGUCAGUAGAGAAUACCUUUUUAGAUGCCCUGCUGGCAUUAGAGGAGAGGAUCCCAUGGACAUCACUUACACCUCUUGGCGAAUCUCCUGAUUUACAACCUGACCUCACCUUUGCCCAGCAAGUCGUACUGAGAGGAAUACCUGAUGGUUUAGUUAGACGAAAACAGUAUGCUAAUCUUCCCCGAAUGCUAGGUAACUGCAACACUGCCACUGAAAUACUACGGUUGUAUCUAGCAGAAUCUUAUCCUAAGACACUCAAUGGUCUCUGUGUAGUGAACUCACCAAUCAAAACAGUUGAUCCUUUUCCUCACAUAUUCAGUCGAAAAAUCACAAGUACAGGUGUGAUAGCUCCAGAAGAUAGGCCAGAGACGUUAGGUGUUGCUAGUGUAGCUGCAAUGACAUCCGUACAAAGCAACCCAGCCAUCGGGAAAAUGCUCGGGACAUUAUGCGAACAAGCCAAACGAUUAGACAUCAAGAAAUUUCAUAAUUUUACUGAGGGGAGCCUUGAAACAGACGAUUAUUGUGAUAUUUUAGAGAAAGUGGAGACACUUCAGUCAAAAUACUCUACAGAUGUGAUGAUGGACCUGAUAUGAGGUUGUGACCUAGACUACACGUGGGUGGUUCCUUUUGUUUUUACCAGGAGGGCCCCAAAAAUCCAUGGUUGUGCUACAUUAAGGACAUUUACUACAUUUAUGUUGAUAGUGUGCUGUAUUCGUAGGGACAUUAGUGGUCCCUGAUAUAAGGGUGUGACCUACACUUGGAGGUUUGUUUCCAAUUGUACCAGGAGGGUCCUAAAAAUCUAGAAUGAAAUAUGUGUGCUGUUGGUGGUAAAUGAGUGUACUGUUCUGUCUUUUGUUGACAACAAUCUUUUUGCACCAUCUCGGUUGUUUUGUUUUUGCAAAAUUUUGUACAUGUACAAUGUAUGUUAAUUUUAUAAGGAAAGCCAAAGUGUAACCAAUACCAGUAUUAUACAUGUACGGUAAAUUAAUGGGUCUAGGUGUGUGACAACAGUACAAAUGCAGUUGGGAUGUUCUGUUGUUACGACAGAAAGCCAGGUGGUCUGUAAAGCAACCAACUGGUGGAAUCGGAGGUUUUCUUGGGAAUGAAAGGUCAAUAAAAAUUAACACCUACACUAAAGGCAGUCCAAAAGUCCCGCACUUUAGAUUGAUUUUUCAUGAAACAUCUGCAAAAUAUUUGUUAUUCUUUUAUAGGUCUGAUUAGAAUAAAGAGCUGUUG